UGCGUGUUCGCCUGGUAGUCGGACACGCGUGGACCCCCGCAGUGCGACGGCGGCUUCGGAGCCUCGUGCCGAGCAGACGGCGGUUUCGUCAGCGCGCGGCUCUGACGGGGAUCCCCCCCUCUCGAGGGCGCGGCGCCUCCCCGGACGGUGCUCGCUGACGCUCCCGUGGCGUGAGUGGGGACGUUCCCGGGGCCGAGUCACGACAGUCCCGGGUGGUGACCGGGCCCGCGUUCUGGGUGCUGCGGCACCAGGCGGCUCCGGGCCCGCGCCGCCCCCGCCCGGGAGGAGCGCGUUACUGCGCCGGCGCCUUCCUGGCGUCCGCUGAGAAUGAGAACGUCUCUUAGUGGUUAGUUACCUUCCUGGGAGGAAUCCGAAGUGGUUACACUGGUUUUUAAAUAUACAGCGUGUCCCAAAAUGUAUACACAUCACAAAACCAGCGUUCUAAAAUACAUUUCAUUUCCAAAGUGGAACGGAGUCUGCGCUGUUGACUGGUAAAGUGCGCUUCAUUUUGGGGGGCACCCUGUAUGCACUGCUGGGUUCUGCCUGAGGAUACUGGGGAGGUUAUGUGCUUUAAUGAGUUUGGCGGCAGAAAGGGCUCGACAGAUUUCUGUUUCUCGGUUUAGCCUAAAAAUAUUCAUUGGAAGUGUCGGAUCAGUAGCUUCAGUGUUACGAUCAAGCGGGGUUGUGCGCGGUCGUGAGAAACGACGCACAUCCCUCGCCCUCAGCGCCCUCGCCUUCAGCUUUGUUUUGUUUUCAACUCAAAUAGAUUAACUAGUGGGGUCUGUGUUUAACCCAGUUUUAUUUUUCAGAUACAGCUCAUAAAUUAUAAUAAUUUUAUUUCCCCUUGACACUAGAGGUCUUAAGUAGAGAUGAUAUGUGUACCGCCUAACAGCUAGGGGGCAUGUCACAGGUAAGGCUGACACCAGGAGGCCGUAGAGCCCACCCGGAGCGCGCAGGCCUGGCGUUCAGGGGUAAUGCUGCCCGUUACUACUAGCCAGACUGGAAAAUUCUUCUAAUGCCCAGAGUAUUGGGAGUGAGCUGUAUCUGUAAUGCAGUGAAAGGAAAAACAACUGUCUACUUGCAAAAAUAUAUUUUAACAAUAAAGGUAAGGCAAUUUGUAGAAUGGGAGAAAAUAUUAACGACCCAAUUUUAAAAUGGGCAGAGAACUUGAACAGACAUUCUUCCAAAGAAGGUCAUACAAAUGGCCAAUAGCACAUGAAAGUAACACAAAUUAAAACCACAAGGAGAUGUCACUUAACAGCUACUAGGAUGCCUAUAAUAAUUUUUAAAAUGGAAUAACAACUCAUGUUGGCAAGUUUGUGGGAAAAUUGGAACCCUUGUGUAUUGCUGAAAGUAGAAUCAUGUAGCUGCAGUUGAAGUUUGUGGGUCCUCAAAAAGCUAAACCCCCAAAUUAACAUAUGACAUAGCAAUUCCACUUCUAGGUAUUUUCCCAACGUUAUUGAAAGCAGGUGCUCCAGCAGAUUCUCGUAUGCCAGUGCUCAUUGCAGCAGCAUUCACAAUAGUCAAUAGAUGGGAACAUUCCAGAUAAAUGGAUACACCAAAGGUGGUUGCUAUACAAUGAAAUAUUACUCAGACAUGAAGAGGAAUGAAGUUCUUAUACAUGCUACAUCAUGGGUGAACCUUGCUAAGUAAAAUAAGCUAGACACAAAAGCACAAAUGUUGUAUGUUUUGUUUACAUGAUAUUUCUAGAAGAGGCAAAUUCAUAGAAACAAAGUAGAGGUUAUUGGGGUUUAAAGGGAGGAAUAUUAAUGUGUAGGAGUUUCUAUGUGGCAUGAGGAAAAAGUUUUGGGAUUGGCAGUGAUGGCUGCACGACAUUGUGUGUAUAAUGCCACUGAAUUGUACACUUAGCAGUGGUUAAAAUGGCAAAUUUUGUUGUAUAUAUUUCAUCGUAAUUUUAAAAAUUAAUAAUGUAAUAUACCAAAAACCACUGAAUUUGUAUACUUUGAGUGGGUGAAUUGUAUGAUAUGUGAGUUAUAUCUCAAUAAAGCUGUUUUAAAAAGGUCCAAAGGCAAAAUAAAGACAUUUGUUUGACUUACAAAAGCUGAAACAAUUUAUUACCAGCAGACACACUGCAAGAAACGUUAAAAGAUGUCCUUCAGGGAGAAUGGAAAUGAAACCAAAUGGAAACCAGUGUCUACAAGAAAGAAUGACAGGCACUGCCAAAUACAUAACUUUGCCUUCUUGGACCUCUCAUUACUCAAGGAAGCAUCAACAAGCUCUCGGAGGGCAUGGAAGCCAAGUCAUUAACUGCCCGGUUCCCUACACUGGUGACCUUCAAGGAUAUACUUGUGAACUUCACCAGGGAGGAGUGGAAGCUCCUGGAUGCUGCUCAGCAGAUCAUGUACAAGGAUGUGAUGCUGGAGAACUAUAAGAACCUGGUUUCCUUGGGACAUCAACUUCCCAAGCCAGAUGUAAUCCUCCAGUUGGAGAAAGGGGAAGAGCCAUGGCUGGUGGAGAGAGGGAUUCACCAAGAUACCCGUCCAGAUUGGGAUACUGCGGUUGAAAUUAAAUCAGUUUCCAAUAAGAGCAUUUCUCUAGAUUCCUAUGACAUUAAAAUGGAAGGAAUGGCAAAGAGUGAUAUCUGGUAUCUGUCACUAGAAGAAGUCUGGAAUUGUGAAGACCAGUUGGACAAGUAUCAGAAAAACCAGGAGAGACAUUUGAGGCAAGUGGCAUUCACCCAAAAGAAAGUACUUUCUCCAGAAAGAGUCAGUGAUAAUGGUAAAUUUGGGGGAAACUGUCUUCUUCCUGCUGAACUAGUACUGAGAGAGUAUUUUCAUAAACAUGACUCAUGUACUAAAAGUUUAAAAGGUGAUGUAGUUUUUAAUGGUCAUCAGGAAAGCUGUGCAAGUAACAGUAGUGAAUGUGGCCAAACUCUCUGUCAGAACAUUCACCUUACUCAGUUUGCAAAAACUCAGACAGGAGGUAAACCCUACAAAUGCCCCAAUAACGAUAACUCCCGUAGUCAUGGCACAUCCCGUGGUAUAUCAAAGGGUAUACAUAGAGAGAAACCCUAUGAAUGUAAAGAAUGUGGAAAAUUCUUCAGCUGGCGUUCUAAUCUUACCAGGCACCGGCUAAUUCAUACUGGAGAGAAACCUUAUGAAUGUAAAGAAUGUGGAAAAUCUUUCAGCCGGAGUUCUCACCUCAUUGGACAUCAAAAGACUCACACUGGUGAGGAACCCUAUGAAUGUAAAGAAUGUGGAAAGUCCUUCAGCUGGUUCUCUCACCUUGUUACCCAUCAGAGAACCCAUACGGGAGACAAACUGUACACGUGUAAUCAGUGUGGGAAAUCUUUUGUUCAUAGCUCCAGGCUUAUUAGGCACCAGAGAACUCACACUGGAGAGAAACCUUAUGAAUGUUCUGAAUGUGGGAAAUCUUUCAGACAGAGCACACAUCUCAUUCUGCAUCAGAGAACUCACGUUCGAGUGAGGCCCUAUGAAUGUAAUGAAUGUGGGAAGUCUUAUAGCCAGAGAUCUCACCUAGUUGUGCAUCAUAGAACUCACACUGGACUAAAACCCUUUGAGUGUAAAGAUUGUGGAAAAUGCUUCAGUCGAAGUUCUCACCUUUUCUCACACCGGAGAACCCACACUGGAGAGAAACCAUACGAAUGUCAUGAUUGUGGAAAAUCCUUCAGCCAGAGUUCUGCCCUCAUUGUGCAUCAGAGAAUUCAUACUGGAGAGAAACCAUAUGAAUGUUGUCAGUGUGGGAAAGCCUUCAUUCGGAAGAAUGACCUUAUUAAGCACCAGAAGAUCCACAUUGGAGAAGAGACUUAUAAAUGUAACAGGUGUGGAGUUACCUUCAGCCACAACUCUCCAUUUAUAGUACAUCAGAUAGCUCACACUGGAGAGCAGUUCCUAACAUGUAAUCGGUGUGGGACAGCGCUUGUUAAUAGCCCUAACCUUACUAGGUACCACACAAGUCAUAUUAGAGAAAACACAUAUUAAUAUAAUGAAUAUGGAAAACUUUUCACAAAGAACAGUAACUUUAUUUAGGUUUGGAGAACUUCUGGAGAGAAGCUAUACAGAUAUAAUCCAUGUGGAAAGGCUUUCAGCCUUGUUACUAUUUUUUGUGUGUAUAUUUAGAGAAUUGGUCUGGGAGUGUGGAAAACCUCCCCGCAGAUUUCACUUUAGUACACAAAUACUUUAGACUUUCUUCUUUCCACAAAGAUUCAUAUAAUUCAUAGGCCUGGAGCAUUCUUGACCAAGCCUUAAAGUCUAAAAUUUGAGAAGGAACCAUUAAGUAGGUGAGUUGUUGAGAGAUGAUCUAGCUGCUUCAAAAAAUGAUGAUAAUGCUACUUCAGAAAGAUAAAUGAGAGUUGUUGCAUGAGAAUAGAAAAUUGAUAGUUAUUGUAACAAGAUGGAAAAUAAGGUUUCAGUGAAUUAAUGUACCAUUUUUACUUGAUUGUCCCUCUCUUCUCGGAUACUUAAUGCUGUUUAGUUGGUUUUAUGUGUCUGAUGUAAUCACAUUUUGGUUAGCCAGGAAAAUGCUUAUAAUGCAAAGCAGAAAUAAUACAUUUACUAUUAGUAGUACCCAUUUAAAAAUAUAUUUGCAUGUGGACAAGAAUUGAAAAAAUAUGGAUUAGUGAAUAGAAUUGACUUGAUUGAUAACAGGGUAACAAGUUCUACAGUUUAUUCAUUGUGAAUGUUAUUUUGAAAACAUUUUUAAAUAUUAAAAAGAUAUUUAGUUUCUUUAUUUCAUCUUCAAGGAAGCUUGAGAAGCAUCUACUAGCAAACUUUCCCAUUAAUUCGAAGUUAGCCCCUUAACUGAGCCCCUUAGACUUUCCGAUAACCUAUGGCUUAAUUUUUCUCAACUUAUAACGGAGGUACUACUAGUAUCUACCUCAGAGAGUUGUGUGGAUUAGUGUGACAAUGUGUAUAAUGUACUUUAAACAGUGCCUGGCACAUAGUAAGCACUAUAUGUGUUGCCUAGUAACAAUAAUAAUAUUACUAUUAUUAACAUCCUAAGGAAUGUGGGAGGAGAUGUGUCUAUGGACGAUCCCUGAAACACUACUUAUGAUAGUGCAAAAUUUGCAAUAUAAAAAUGUAUAAUAACAAAAUGGUUAUUUAUAGUGUAUCCAUGUAGUGAUAUGCAGACAUUAAAAGUAUGCAAAGUUUGGUAACAGGAAAAAUGUUGAUGCUGUCAUGUGUUAUGAAACAAUAACAAAUGUAAAUAUGGAAUAAACUCAAAUAUGUAAAUAAAUGAACUGCAAAAUGAAA